GUGAGCCUUUAGACUGGCGCAGGAGUCCAUAAGAGCAGGGUCUGCUGCAGGGACAGGGUCUGGCCCCUCACACACUCACACAUGGAGUACUGCUACACCCUGCUGCUGUGUGCCUACAGCCUGCUCUCCGGGCUCUGCGACUGCUUCAACAUCGACAGCAAGCACCCCAAGAUCAUCCACGGCUCCGCGGAGGCCCAGUUCGGCUACACCGUGCAGCAGCACAUGGCGGGAGGGCAGAAGUGGUUGCUGGUUGGGGCACCGUCUGAAACCAGUGGGACACUCCAGACUGGUGAUGUCUACAGAUGCCCGAUAAACGGAAAGGCCAAUGGCAACUGCUCCCGACUCAACCUAGGAAGGAUAUCCCUGACCAAUGUGUCGGAGCGAAAGGACAAAAUGAGGCUGGGAAUGACACUGACCUCCAAUCCUAAAGACAGCAGCUUUGUGGCCUGUGGUCCUCUCUGGUCGUAUGAGUGUGGGAGUUCCUACUACAGCACUGGACUCUGCUCCAGAAUCAACUCCAGCUUCCGGUUCUCCCGGACCAUCGCUCCCGCCUUCCAGAGGUGUGAGACCUACAUGGAUAUUGUGAUUGUUCUGGAUGGAUCCAACUCCAUCUACCCCUGGUUUGAAGUGCGGAAUUUCCUCAUCAACAUCUUGAAGAAGUUUUACAUUGGGCCAGGCCAGAUACAGGUGGGAAUCGUGCAGUACGGGGAGAACGUGGUCCACGAGUUCCACCUGAAUGAUUUCCGCUCUGUGGAGGAGGUGGUGGAGGCGGCUCAGAAGAUCGACCAGCGCGGAGGGGAGGAGACCAACACGGCGCUGGGCAUCAACGUGGGCCGGUCGCAGGCGUUCAAGAGGGGAGGCCGCCGCGGCGCCAAGAAGGUGAUGAUCGUGAUCACGGACGGAGAGUCGCACGACAGCCCCGACCUGAAGAAGGUCAUCGAGGACUGCGAGGAAGAUGACAUCACCCGCUACGCUAUCGCCGUCCUGGGUUACUACAACAGGCGAGGGAUCAACCCUGAGGCCUUUCUGAAUGAGAUCAAGUUCAUUGCCAGCGACCCUGAUGACAAGCACUUCUUCAACGUCAAGGACGAGUCGGCCUUGAAGGACAUCGUUGAUGCGUUGGGUGAAAGGAUCUUCAGUCUGGAAGGAACCAAUAAGAAUGAGACGUCAUUUGGCCUCCAGAUGUCUCAGGCAGGCUUCUCCUCACACAUCGUGGAGGACGGGAUACUGGUGGGGGCGGUGGGGGCGUACGAUUGGAACGGCGCGGUGCUGAAGGAGACUCGUCAAGGGAAGGUCAUCCCACCCAAAUCUUCCUACCUGCAUGAGUUCCCAGAGGAGCUGAAAAACCACGGAGCAUAUCUGGGUUACACAGUGACGUCCGUGGUGUCUGCGAAGAACGGCCGGCUCUUUGUGGCCGGAGCCCCGCGCUUCAACCACACGGGAAAAGUCAUCAUCUUCACCCUGAAGAACAACGGCAACCUGACCAUCCUGCUCUCGCUGAAAGGACAACAGAUCGGCUCGUACUACGGCAGCGAGAUCGCCCCUCUGGAUGUCGAUGGCGACGGGGUGACGGACAACCUCCUGGUGGCCGCGCCCAUGUUUUUCAGCGGUGGCUGGGAGAAGGGCAAGGUGUACAUCUACAGAGUUACCGUGCAGAGCCGAUUCAUCCUGGAGGGGUCGCUGGAGAUCACGGACCGUGGACAGAACACGCGUUUCGGUUCGUCGCUGGCCCCGGUCCCUGACCUCAACGGCGACACGUACAAUGAGGUGGUCGUGGGCGCGCCUCUGGAGGAUGACCACCGGGGGGCGAUCUACGUGUUCUACGGAAAGAAGGACAGGAUACAGCGCAAGUACAAACAGGUACUGCAAGGAUUGCUGCAGGCAUCUCUCUCUCCGAGCCUGCAGUAUUUUGGCUGCAGUGUGCAUGGGCAGAUGGACUUGAAUGAGGACGGUCUGGUGGAUCUUGCAGUUGGCUCCCUAGGUUCAGCGGUGCUUCUCAGGUCUCGCAGUGUCAUCCACAUCGGCAUCAGCGUCAAAUUCGAGCCCAGAAAGAUCAACAUCUUCAACAAAGACUGCCGCAGGGGUGGGAGGGAUGUCACCUGCAUGGCCGCCGUCGUGUGCUUCAACAUUACCGCCACAACCGCCAUCCCCGCCUCACAGGAAGUGGGCCUGAAGUACAGCUCCUUCAUUGAAGAGCGGCGCUACCUCCCCCGGGCCGUGAUGGAUGACAGCGACAGACAGCAGCCCCGCAACCUGAGCCUGCUGCCCGCCGUGGAGCAGUGUGAGCACGUCUACUUCCACGUGAUGGAGAGCACCGACAAUGGUCGGCCCAUCAUCUUCAAUGUGGAAGCGGGCAUGAGGGAUUUGGUGGAGGGUCCCGUACUGGAUGAAGGUUGGCCCACCACGUUGAGGUCUGAGCUACCUUUCUGGAACGGCUGUGAUGAAGACGACCACUGCAUUCCUGACCUGGUCCUGCAGAGUCGUUCUGACCUCCUGGACCGCAGCCAGUUCUGCGCUCAGGCGCUGCGCUCUGGGGGGGUGAUCUGCCGGCCGCAGAGGGUGGCGGAGGAGGAGUCGGUGCGAGUGCUGGAGGCCACCCGGAGGAGGAUGGUGGUGGAGGCGCGUCUGGAGAACCGCGGGGAGAACGCCUACAAUGCCCACCUGAACAUCUCCUACAGCCGCAACCUGCACUUCUCCAGCCUCAUAGUCAAGGACAACUCCGACAUCAAGAUAGAGUGCCGAGGGGAGGAGGGAAAGAGGAACGAGAGGCUCUGCAACGUCAGCGAGCCCUUUAUGAAGGCGCAAGUCCAGGUGUCUUUCCGCCUGGAGUUUGAGUUCAGUCGCUCAGUGUUCCUGGAUCAUGUGAAGGUCGUCAUGGAAAGUGGCAGUGAUGGAGAGGACAUGACGGUCGCUGACAACUCCAAUACUCUCUCUCAUCAGCUGAAAUAUGAAGCCGACCUCCUCUUCACCAGGGACUCCAGCCCCUCCCGCUAUGAGAUUAAAGCAGACCACUCGCUGGAGAAGCCUGGCACCACAGACCUGCCUUUCAACUUCACCUUCCAGAUCCAUAACCUGGGCUAUUUCCCUGUGAGAAACUUGCAGCUGAAAAUUGCAAUCCCUCAAGUGACAAAGACUGGGAACCAGCUUCUGCAGAUAACAGAUUUCUACAUUGAUCAGACAGACGGGUCUCGCUGUGUCCCCCCCAAACCCGCCGCCCAGUUCCGGGAGACCCCAGAGGACCUGUCUCACCUGCCCCAGCUGAACCCGUCUAACACAGGCACCAUCCCCAUCCUGUGCAGCAUCAACCUGGCAGCCCACAGGGAGAUCACCGUGCGGAUCAUAGGGUCGCUCCACCUCCAGACCCUGUAUGCUGUGAAGUUCAAGACCCUGGAUCUGCUGACAACAGCAUCAAUAGAGCUUGACCGCUCCAGCCCUAUGUUUCUGAUUGAGGAGAAGCCAGAGAGACAUAUAAUCCUGGAGAUUAGGAAGGAGGGAGACCACAGGAUUCCCAUCUGGAUUAUCAUCGGGAGCACCCUGGGAGGGCUGCUCCUGCUGGCCCUGCUCAGCCUGGCUCUGUGGAAGCUGGGGUUCUUCCAGAGGCAGAAGCGGCGGGAGGAGGCGGAGCAGGAGGCCAACGGGAAGGUGGCGGAGGAGCGGUAACGGCGAGCACCGGCCGAGACGCGCGCUGGCACAGCACUCAGGGACCGUCCCCGCCAGGGCCUGCCGCAGGCUCCCACACGAGAGGAGCGUUCCACGCACUGGUGUACCCGCCCGUCAAACAAGGACUCAGCCAAUCGCAACCACACUCCGCCUUUGCACUGUGACGCCCGGCUACUCACCACCACCUCAGGACCAAUCAGAGUCCCCCGACCCCUCACCGUCCCAGUGCUUCAAUCCCACUUCAGAGAUGGUGGUGGUAGAAUCCAAAAAUACUGUAUUCCCAAAAUCCCCUUCCUGAUGCAGUCAGCCUCAUCCAGAAUGCAAACUAAACUACUCAAUCGUUUGCUUAUGUUGUUCCCCAUUAACAAGAAAAUACAAGAUAAACUUUAUUAAAGUAUCUGCACUUACCCCAACAUGUACCAGAAAUAUGCCCAAGAACACUUUCUGCCACGGUGUAAACAGUUUGUCAGACACAAAGCGGAUGCACUGAUACCGGUAGCCGACUCCAUUUCAGUGACUGCGUGAGAUUUGCAGCAAAGGACUGACAUCAGGCAACGGACUGGACGCCUCAGGGUCCUCCUACAGCGAUGAGCAGAGGGGUGACAACAGUGGCCACAACUGCUUCAGCACACAGGAUGCCACCAAAGGAACUGAUGAGGAAGGGUUUCCGUUGUCGCCUCCCAGGGAUACUGGCAUCUGGAUAUAGUCGUGAUCUGCAAGCUUACUUCUGCAUUUGUGAGAAAGCGCUUCAACUUGUUUUAUGGAUUCCUCCAGAGACCUUAAAUUUCAAUGUUUUUUUUUAUAUUUUAUAGAUCAAAUACUUAAUAUUGAUGCACUUUUCUAUGUUUUAUAAAGACAAACUUGAAUGUUGUAAAUAGCCAGGUACCUUUUUUUUACAUAACUAACGGAUAUCAUUGUGAUGUACUCCCACAAGGAUUGUGGCAUUACCCUGUAACUAUAGCGACAAUGCAAAACUAGUUUCUUUUCUGACACUUUCUGUCCUGACAUGCUUUGCAUCUCAACAAAUAGCCUUGGUGAAAGGGUAUGCACAUUGUACAGUUCUCUCAGCUCUGUUCAGUCUGUGUGUGCUAAAGACGGACUCACUCCGGGGGUUCCACGGGACCGUCGAGAUGAAGUUGGAAGUAAUUUAAAAGUGAAAAUGUGUCCUUUGUCUUGCGCAGUCUAAAACAAUUGCAGUCAAAAAAAAAAAAAGGAAUCCAAAUAUCACACUUCUAUUAUUUAUCUGUCAAACA